AUGAUGUCAAUUGCAGUUGAUGUAACACAAGAUUUUGAGACAUUUGACCCUUCUAAUUCAACAUUACAAUAUGUCACACCUACUCAGCACAAUAACUUCUUAAGCUGUAUUGUUCUGGCUGACAAAACCAGAAUCAACACAAAAAUAGAGAACAGCUUGGCGCUAUCAUUAAGAUGCGAUUCUUCAGUUGAUAGGAGGAGAAUCGACAACUGUCAUGUUCUUGCAAAUAUUAUAGAUCAAGAUGGCAAGCCAGGACUACUGUUUUUGGGUCUCGACGAACCAAAAGCUAGAGGGACACCAGGGUACGUUCAGGCUGUAAAGGAUGCAGUUAAUCUAACAUCAAGUUGGUCUGAUGUAACAGCCGGGACAAAUUUGAACACAGGAGAUAAAACUAGUCUCUGGGCAUCCUUAACAUCGGAGCACGAAGCGUAUGGUUUGCCAUUGUUAAAGGUUUGGUGUAUUGCCCAUCGAACUGAUCUUCCAUGGAAAGCAGUAUCAAAUAUUGUUACUGAGAUGAAGUUUCUUUUCUCUAUAAUAGUUGCAAUCGCAUCAUAUUUCCAUUCCUCAGGAGUUCGAUCUAGAGAACUUCGUGAAGUGGCAGAGGCAAAUGGAUUCCAGCUCCGUGAACUACCAAAACUUUUUGAAGUACGCUGGAGUGAAUUUAAUUCAUCUCUUUUCGAGUCUAUAUUGGUCUCUUGA